GCCACUAACACCAUCCCCCCAGCCCAUAAGGCUUCUAUAAAAGUGACAUGAGCUUGAGGUGCACAUAGCCAACCAAGCCAUUUCUCCAACCGACAGGAUGUCUCAGAGAAGCCUGUUCACUGUUGCCCUGCUGUCAUGCCUCUUUCUAAUCAUCACUCUUGAGAAAGCAUUUGCAUAUAGACCACUCAACCUUGACUGCUGUAUUAAUUACACCACCAAACCAGUGCCUUUCAAGUUGAUUAAAGGAUAUUAUGAGCAGAGUUCCCUGGAAGUCUGUAGAUUAGAUGCGAUCAUUUUCUACACCUACCGUGGAAAAAAAAUCUGUGCAAGUGCGAAAGACACCUGGGUUAAGAAUGCACUGCAGUAUCUAAGCUCCAGACUGAAGAAUAUGGCUAAGCCCACAUCUACUGGAGAGGAAGAUGGGAAAAAUACAGAGUAACAUGCUGCAAAUUCUGGAGUGACAAAGCUUUAAAGACCUUUAUUCUUCACGAAUUUCCUCGGAACCCUACUGCUCAAGGCCACACAAAGCAUCUAAUAUUUCAUUUCAGCUUCAAUGCAAUUAUUGAUUUUUAUUAUUUCUGCAUAUAAGCUAUUAAGUAGAAUAAACCAGCAUUAUUUUUCAAUGUAAACAUGUAUUUACUUGUGUUACAUUAUUAAUAAAAUGCAAUGCCUUUAAUGAGAAUAAAGAAAAAUGGACAGAUUUCAGAUGCAGUUGUCUAUUUAAAUACCAUUUUUUUUACAGAGGGAAAAAAAGUACAGCAUAUUUGUCUUACAAGAUGACAUCAACUACUUCCCUGAUUGAGCAAUAAAGGUGUGUGAUGCAA